AUGGGUGGGGAAAGCCAUUUCUCUGGAGGGAGCUCUGUUUCCAGUGGCUACGGUCGAAGGAGGAACGUUGUUUUGUGCAAGUGUGGAGAAGUUUCCCCGGUUGUGACUACUUGGACGAACGAGAACGGAAAUAUUGGUAGGCGGUUCUAUGGAUGUGGCAGGUUUAAGGAACAGAACAGGAGGCACUGUGAUUUCUUCCAGUGGUAUGAUGAGUUGGAGGGUAACCCGCGUGACAAGAAAAUAAUUGCAGGCUUGUUGCGUAGAGUAGAUGAGAUGAAGAAGAACCAAGCAAUGUUGAUCAAGUGUUGUGUGCUGGGAUGGUCUGUAGCUGUGUUCCUGUUGAUUGUAUGUGCAAUUCUAAUGGUGAAAAUGAUGAAGUAG